CUGCCAAUCAAAAGGUCUUCCAUAACUCCUCAAACUCAUCCCAUGACAUCUGCAUUAGAUUUGUUGGCAUGAAGUGGAGGGAAUUCUAGGUAAUUUUGCACGUCUGUCUGACUUUGGCCCAUAGGUGAGGCAUAUAUGAGACUGAAUAAUCUAGAGGAGGCAGGACACUGGUACAGAGAAUCUCUGAAGGCCAAACCUGACCAUAUUCCUGCCCACCUGACCUAUGGAAAACUGCUGUCUAUCAUAGGGCAGAAGUCUGAAGCAGAGCAUUACUUCCUGAAGGCAAUAGAGCUGGAUCCUGCGAGAGGAAACUGCUAUAUGCAUUACAGUCAGUUUCUGUUGGAAGAGUCUCGUCUGGGAGAGGCAGCAGUGAUGGCUCAGAGAGCUGCAGAGCUGGACAGUUCUGAGUGGACUCCACUUGUUUCAUCAUCCACAUCCAUAGCCACUUGA